AUGCUCGUCGGCACCGUUCUUCUUCUCCACAAGGACUAUGCGAACGGUGACAUGAAAGAGUACGAACUUCAUCUGAACGAGUACAAGCGGGUGCGGCCGGCGCUGCUCGACGAUAUUCGUAAGGCGAUAUAUUAGGAAUAGGAAUUUGAGGACAUUGAAACUAUUUCCAGCGGAGCGCGUAAGAAGUCUGCAAGAAAUUCAACCGUUUGUCAAGAAACUGUACGUUUCGUCAAAGUUGAUACAAAACGAGAAGAUCGCGUUGGAAAGAAUGAUGCUGGCUGUCAGUGUGCCUGCCGAUGCCGUCGAGAUUCAGGCGAGAAGAUGCAGGUGUGUGAACUUCAGAGCAUUUCUGCCAAGUUUCAGAAAAUUCUUAUUUACCGUCUAGACCCUUUCGGAAACCAUUUUUCAGAUCAGCGAAGAAAUCGCCGUUCAAGCACAACCUGGUAUCCGUACACGAUCCGGAUCAGCCGAAACCGGUGUGGAUGAACGCGAGCGACGUGCGAAUGAAAAACGGCACGGUGUUCCGCGUGAGCGAGGUUCCGAUGGACGGCAGCGACAAGGAGAAAGACAAUACCAUGUGCGACUUUUGGAUGAUGGUCCAACAAGGACGCACCCGGUACGUGGUGCAGGUGUGUCAGAUGGCCGACGAACGCUACGAUUUCGUGUGCCCCCAGUACUUCCCGGACGCCGUCGGCGAGACGGUCAAUUGUGGCCGGAUUUUGCUGAAGACGAUCAAGAGACGGACAAUUCUGAAUGGAGACGUCAUCGAGAGAGAACUCGAAAUCACUUCCAAGAGGUAAUUUAUUCGCGAAUCUUCGAAAGACAAGGGAUCGUUUCCAGCGGAAAGUCCGUGGUCACUCACUUUUUCUUCGUUUGCUGGCUCGACAAGAUUCCAAAUGGAAAGUUCGAGACGGUCUUCGCCGUGCUGAACCGCGUAAAUAAAUCGCCGUGGCCGGUGCUUGUCGUGUGCGAGAACGGCAUUGACAAGUCGAUGGUGUUCACCGCUGUCGAGUACAUCACACGUUACGCGCAGUGCAAUCCGACCACCGCCCUCGGCAACAUUUUCGUCGAACUCUACAAACAGCGGCACGGGUGCAUAUCCAGAAUUGACUCGUACUACGCGUGGACGGGAGCACACUACAUGCUGAGAAAGGUAUCACACUUGCCCUGAGAAAUUGUGCAAACUUUUGCUCAAAUCGCAGACAGUUGCUCUUUUUUGCGCCCUCAAACACUGCGGAAAUUGAAGAAAUUGGUUGUAGUUUGCGCGAUUUCUCUGGAACAUUGCCCAUCAUCUCAUUCAUGUCUUUGCAGAUUUACGGAAUGGAUAUGGAGGAUUUUGAGAAGGCAUUGACCGACUUCAAGUUUCACACGGGCAACACGUUUAUGGCUUUCGAUAAGGAACGGCUACACGCGCGCUCCAUGAGGCGAACCAACGUGAAGUGGAAUGCGAAGGUGGAAAAGCACAAGGCACGACAGAAGAAGCUGGAUGUGGUGGAGGAGAAGAGAGCCGGAGCAGGAACUGACUCGAAGGCGACGAGUUCGAUUUCUUAUUCGUCUUUGGAUGAUUCGGAUGGCCCCACUUCCUCACAUUUGGCUAUUGAAUUGGAAUAAAGACGAAUUGGUGCUGGAGAACAGAUUGAAAGCAUUCAAGUUUUGUCUGUAUCAUGGAUUGGUUUUUAAUAAAUGACGCGUUUUUGUUAUAUCCAAAACUUGUAAAAUAAUAUGUUUUUCGUUGACAAACGGAGAAAAAGGCGCACGCGGCGAGCGAAGUUAAAGGCGCAGCGACUUUGGAGGAGGCGAGGGUCUCGAAGCGAAUUGCACCAAGCGGUCGCGGUAGGCGGAAUUUGAAUUCGAAAAGUCAUUCUACGGAAUUAGCAAGGUUCCCGGCCCACCCACCCAACAAGAGAAUGAAAACGAGUGUAAAAUGGUUGCAGAGGGCGCGAAACGACAGUAUGUCAGAGAGUUGGAGACGCAGGCGGGACCUCGGAUGCAACAUCUCAUCGACGCGCUGAAGCUCGUGCCGUACGAGUCGAAAGCUAUGUCCACGGCGAAGGCCUACAGAGCGGAAAAUGUCAAAAGGAGCGCUUGGAUCGAGACGAUGCAGCUGCCGAAGAACGAGUCGUCGUUCCUGCUCUACCUCGUGGAGCGUGGGAAGAAGAUCGGAAGCAGUGCUAUGUCGAAGAUCUCGGCGGCGUAUCAGGUGGCCAAUGAAGGUUUCCAAGAUCGGCGGGACGUUUGUGACGGACAUCAUCAAGAUGAAGAGAAGACUCGAGAUUCCGAUGAAAAAGAAGCCAGUAGAGGUGACUUUGGAGGACAUUGAGAAGAUCACGCAGCGAGCGAUGCAGUCAAACAGACCGGCGAGCGAUCGGGAUGCCUUGCUGGCGAUCCUGUCGUUCCGCGUGAUGCUGCGAGCGUCGGAGGCGGCGGAGAUCAAGUGGGACGGCGUCACGCAAGCAGGAGAUCUGAUUGAGGUAGUUGUGGAGAAGGCGAAGAACGAUCAGAUGGCUCUGGGACGUCGUUCGUUUUUCAACUACGAACCGGGCAGCGAUGCGGACAUUCUGAUGUGCAGAUGGAGACUUCGCUGCAAGGAGAGGGCAUGCGAGUACGUGUUCUCCAAUCUGGAAGGAUCCAAAAAGGCUGACGAAGCAAUCGAUCUCGGCCCUGGCUUCGAAGAUGCUCAAGGCGAUCGGGAAGUCGGGAGCGACGCACCACGGAUUCAGGAGAGCCGGAGCGAACUACUUGCGAGCGCAGGGACAUUCGAUGGACGAGAUCAGGUGCCGAGGACGUUGGAGAUCGAUGGAGGGGCUGCAGCGGUACUUGAAGGAUGUUCCGGAGGCGCAGGGAUGCAGGCGAGCGGUCAAAGGAGUCGGAGGAGACGCAGACGAGUCCGAGUCGGACGAAGAAUGA